AUGCCACCAAAUUUGCAGAUUUCCUUAAAUCUCAGCACUAACUUGUUCGACGGACCUAUCCCUUCAACGUUUUCUCAACUUGACCGUUUGGAAGUUCUUGAUCUUUCAAAUAACAAAUUCUCUGGUGAGAUCCCUGAUUCGCUCACCAAUUUAAUAUCCCUUAGACAGCUGAUACUAUCCAACAACCAGCUUAUUGGAAAUACUCCUAAGUUCACCCACAAUGUCUCAAUCGAUGUCACUGGAAACUCUGGGAUCACGGUUGAUGAUAGAGUCUUUAUCCAAACAAGGCCAUCCGGAGAGAGCAAACUAGUUCUGAUCGUAACCCUUGUUGCCAUUGGAAUAAUUUCUCUUGUGGCAGUGAUCAUAAUUGUCAUCAUGCUGAAACUCUCAAGGCGUUUGAAGGGGGUUAACAUCAUGCAAGUCGACCCUGACGACGAAGAAGAUUCAACUGUUCUUCCCGAGGUCAAUCAUGGCAAGCUUCUCACUUCAAACGCUCUACACAAAUCAAACAUCAACUUUGCCAAAGCUGUGGAAGCUGUUGCUCAUCCAGAGAAUGCUCUGUUCUAG